UUAGAAUCGUAUUUACUACCUGCUGGGACAAAUAUAGUUCUUUAUAUUUAUGGCGUUCAUAGAGAUCCCAAUCUUUGGCCAAAUCCAGAAAUAUUCGAUCCAGAUCGAUUUUUGCCUGAGAAGAUUCAAAAUCGUCAUCCUUACUCGUAUCUACCAUUUAACGCUGGAUCACGUACUUGCAUUGGUCAA